GAAUACUUCCGGUGACAAACAAAACUGGUGAUGUGUUUUGUAUUCGCUUGCAACCACCGGAGUGGGGCUAACAGCUGCAAGUUUUAUCGCUUUCCCACAGACGGAAAGAAACGAUUGUUGUGGGGGAAACUAUGCAGACGAGCUGAUCGCCAACCAGGGGAUCAGAAUGAUCGUAUCUGCUCCUGCCAUUUUAAGGAUGGUGUGAAGGAGGGGGAUCCUGCAUAUUUUGCAUGGAAUGAAGGAAAGGCCAUGGAUUUCUCUGAUCCUGAAUGUACCAAAAGGAGGAAAAAAAUCAGAAGUGAGGAGUCUCUAUCAUCUUCACAGAUGGACCAGCUGCAGAUUACACAUGUGACAGAAUGUCAAGAUCAAGAGGAGUUGAUAUCAGAUCACAACUACUCAGCAUCAUGCACAUUUAACUGCACUCAAGAAAUGCAGCGCCUCUCAACAGAAAUAGAACAUCUGGAAAAGGAAUUACAUGCGCUAAGAUUAGAGUCUAGUAAAAGGAGGCCAAUGUCAAUUCACGAUAUUAAGGACAGUGAAGAGAAGGUACAUGAAUUAAUUCCAAUUAUGGUUUCCUAUUUCCUAACAAUUUCAGUAAAACUUGUUGCGAAGUGCCAUUGA